AUUCUAAAUGUGGUGAGGUGGCAACAUCCUCUAUUGGGUGGAGAGUAACUCUCCUUUCUCUUCAAUUCCUCUCCUCAAAUUCACACAUUCUCUCUUUGUAAAUCUCACCCUUCACUCCCCCUUUCUCUUCCAAAAGCCCUACAACUGGUACUCUGUUUUUUUUUUUUUUCUAAACCAUGUCAGAAAAAGUCUUCCCUUCCUCCAAACCCACUGCCACUGCUGCUCCAACUACCGCCAACGGCGGCACUGGUGGAGCCGCGGCUACUACAACCGCUACAACCAACGGUGGAACUACAAAAUCCCACCUUUAUAACCCCACUUCUCGUCCACCAUACCGUCCACAACCCCAUCACCGUCGUCACCACCAUCGUCCACGGCGGAACUAUUGUUGCUGCUGUUGUUUCUGGACCAUCGUCAUAAUUCUCAUACUUGCGCUUUUAGUUGCCAUAACUGGCACUGUCCUUUACGUCCUUUACCGCCCUCACCGUCCCUCUUUUACCCUUGCUUCCCUCCGUAUCCACCGUUUAAACCUUACAACCACCGCCGACUCCACCUCCUCCCAUCUCUCAACCCUUUUCAACUUAACCCUUUCUUCCAAAAACCCCAACUCCCAUCUUUCCUUCUCUUACGACCCUUUUGUCCUUUCAUGCGUAUCAAGCAACAGUGAUGUUUUUAUAGGCAACGGAACCUUGCCAGCUUUCGUCAGUAACACAAAAAAUGAGACAACUUUCAGGGGAGUUGUGGUAACGACAUCAAGUGAUCUAGAUGCAGAUACAGUCAACAACUUAAGACCGGAUCUGAAGAAGAAAAAUGGGAUCUUGUUGAAAGUUCAGAUGGAUACUAGAGUGACAGUGCAAAUGGGUGGAUUGAAGAGCAAGAAAGUUGGGAUUAGGGUUAUGUGUGAUGGGAUUGAAGGGGUUGUACCAAAGGGUAAGACACCGUCGGUCGCUAAUGUGUCUGGGGCCAAGUGCAAGGUUGAUCUCCGGAUCAAGAUCUGGAAAUGGACUUUUUGAGAGCACACUCUCUCAAAUCCCAAUUGUUUUAUUUCCUUAUAUUUUCCUUAUAUUUUUUUCUUCACUUUUUCAACUCUUUUGGUUUUUUUUUAACCUUUUUUUGGGGUUUGCAAAAGAUAUGGCCAAAAAAUGUCAUGAAACAAUUCAAGAAUCAAUUCAGGGAUUCAUUGUUAGUAAAUUUAGAGAGGAGAGGCUGAAGUCUCUGAAGAACAAGAUGUUGAAAUUAGUUUUUUUUUUUUUCUUUUUCUUUUUGAAGAUUUUUAUAUAGUCCUGGUGUUGCAAGUGAUUUUGGAUUUUCAUUUUUAUUUCAUGAAUGCAAUGUGAUAAUACCUUAAGAAUUACUAUCAAUUAUAUGAAAUAUUAU